UAAGAGCCAGUUUAUCACAGAAAUAAGUGCAUUCUGAAAUUCAGGUUUUCAAGGACACUAUUACUUCUUCCUAAAGAUACUGGAGACAGAACAUGACAGGAAGGAAUCAAACUACUGUCUCAGAGUUCCUCCUGCUGGGACUGCCCAUCAAGUCAGAGCAUCAGAACCUGUUCUACGCCCUGUUCCUGGCCAUGUACGUUACCACCGUCCUGGGGAACCUUCUCAUCCUCGUCCUCGUUUGCCUGGACCCCCAUCUCCACACACCCAUGUAUUUGUUUCUCAGUAACCUGUCUUUCUCUGACCUCUGCUUCUCCUCUGUCACAAUGCCCAAAUUGCUGCAGAACAUGCAGAGCCAAGACCUGUCCAUCCCCUAUGCUGGCUGCCUGAUACAAAUGUACUUCUUCCUGUUCUUUGCAGACCUGGAGGACUUCCUCCUUGUGGCCAUGGCCUAUGACCGCUACGUGGCCAUCUGCUUCCCCCUGCACUACACCACCAUCAUGAGCCCCAGGCUCUGUCUCUUCCUGGUGGUGCUGCCCUGGAUACUGACCACGUUCCAUGCCAUGUUGCACACCCUGCUCAUGGCCAGGCUGCAUUUUUGUGAAGACAAUAUGAUCCCCCACUUUUUCUGCGAUUUGUCUGCUCUGCUGAAGCUGUCCUGCUCUGACACUCGAGUGAAUGAGCUGGUGAUAUUUUUCAUCGGAGGGCUCAUUAUCGUCAUCCCAUUCCUACUCAUCAUCAUGUCUUAUGCACAAAUUGUGUCCUCCAUCCUCAAGGUCCCUUCUGCCAAGGGCAUCUGCAAAGCCUUCUCCACCUGUGGCUCCCACCUCACUGUGGUGUCUCUCUUCUAUGGGACAAUUAUUGGUCUCUAUUUAUGCCCAUCAGCUCAUAAUUCCACUGUUAAGGAGACUGUCAUGUCUAUGAUGUACACUGUGGUGGCCCCCAUGCUGAACCCCUUCAUCUACAGCCUGAGGAACAGAGACAUGAAAGGAGCUCUGAGAAGAGUCUUUUGCAAAAAGAAAAAUGCCUUCUCUCUAUGACUGUAAAGUUGAGAUGAUGAUAAGUUGGGAUUUCUACACAAUUUUAUUUAGUAUGUAUAUUGAUAUCAAUAUUGGGAUAUUAACCCAGAUUUCUGUUUUCAAUAGUCUUUUUUUUUUUUUUUACAAUGACUUAGUAGGAUAUUGUCCAUAAGAAAAGAGAUACAGCGGAGGUAUGUAGUAGGACUUGGAAAGGGGAUGUCAGUGACCUCCUAGCCGGAUCUUUCUCAUGUUUCUCUCCAGGUUACUCAAAGAAGCUUCAUCUUUAAAUUUCCAAUUAAUCUUUGUGCCCUCCCUCCACUUUUUUUUUUCAUUACUGCUUACAAUGUUUGAUUUACUGCUGAAGUAAACACUAUUAUUUACUGAGCGUUUACUCAUUUACUUGUUGACACACCCUCUCCCCUCUGCCCUUGAUCCUCCACCUUGGACAGACCUUCCAUGAAUGAAGAGAUUGAAACUGCAGAACCUGGGCCCACAGUAGGAUACGAAUAUUUACUGAACCAGACAAUUCCCAAUGUAGUUACUUUUAUCAUCCUCCUAUUUGAAAAUAGGGAGCAGACUAAAGCAAACAGCACAGCUGUGAUAGCUUGUAAACUGCAUUAAUUUGGGAUGUGCUGCCUCCUUGUCCACUGCGUGCGGCUAUGGCAGCUAAUUCCUGGGCCAGCAGUCUCCUCCUAAACCUGGCCCGUUUGGAUGUGUGAGGCCGCC